AUGCGCUCCAGGGACGCGCAAGAGCGGCGGGACACCUUGCCGGUGAAGCUCCUCUACACCUCCGUCGUACCCAUCGUGCUGCACUCCGCCGCCGUCUCGGCCUUCUCCGUGGCGUCGCAGCUGCUCCACUACAGCCGGUACGGCGGCGGCAUGGUUGCCCGCCUGAUCGGCACCUGGGAGGAGGCCAGCUACUACGCCGCCGUCCCCGUCGGCGGCCUUGCCUACUACGUCACUCCGCCGGCGGGCCUGCGCCACGUCGUCGCCGACCCGCUCCACGCGCUCUCGUACGCCAUGCUGCUGCUCACCUCGUGCGCGCUGCUGUCCCGGGCUUGGGCGAGCCGGCGCCUCGUUUUGGAUUUCCCUGAUGCGGCGAUCCGCUCGCAAGUCAGCCGUUACGUCCCCACGGCCGCUGUUCUCGGUGGCCUCUGCGUCGGAGCUCUCACCAUCCUUGGCGACGUCACCGGCGCCAUCGGCUCUGGCACUGGAAUCCUACUCACCGCCACCGUGUUCUAA